AUGGCUCAGACUGUAACCACAAGAGGAACAAAGAAAACAGCAGUUGCUACCUGCAAGUGUGAAAACACAGGUAGGUUCGAGGUGAGAAUCAACAAAAUUCCACUGUCGAUUCACCCUGAUUCCCUCAUGUGUGCAAAGUUUGAGGAAAUUUUGAAAAUUGUCCCAGAGGAGAUCUACAGCAACUUGGAUUUUGAAGUUACAACAAAUAUGAAAGAAUGCGGUUCUGUAGGAAGAAUAUAUGCAGCAAGACAAGCUUUCUGCAAGGCCAUUGUUGCAUUUCUGAGUCUGUAUUCUGACGAGUACAAGAAACAGGAAGUAAAAAAUGCCAUACUUGCAUUUGAUAGAUUUGCAAUUGUGGCAGAUUCAAGAAAGAGAGAGCCAAAGAAGUACGGCGGCCCAGGAGCGCGUGCAAGAUACCAGAAGUCCUAUCGUUAA